AUGUCAGAUUCUGCAGAGCUUAACCCAAAGGCUAAACCAUUAGCUGACCACAAACUUACUGUUACCAUCCUCGAUCUUGUUCAACAAUCCAACAACUAUGGACAAUUGAAAAAGGGAGCUAACGAAGUCACCAAGUCGGUAUCUCGUUCUGUUGCCGAAUUCGUUGUCUUGGCUGCCGAUGCUGAGCCACUCGAAAUCGUCUUGCACAUUCCUCUCCUCUGCGAAGACAAGAACAUCCCAUACGUUUUCGUUCCAUCAAAGGCUGAAUUGGGUCGUGUAUGCAAUGUUUCACGUCCAGUCGUUGCUUGCUCUGUCAUUGUUGACGAGUCCUCCAACCUCAAGGGACAAAUCAACAACGUCAAGGAUGCCCUCGACCGUUUGUGGAUUGCCUAA